UCAAUUAAAUUUUUUGUUCUAAAUCACAAACUUGUCAACGUUCAAUCCAGCAACCAUGAUAAGAAUGUAUAAUCAAUAAAACGCACCUGUAUUCACAUGGCCUGCUAAGCAAUUUUGCCGUUCCGCAGCAGCAAAACCAUUCAACCCAUCAAAGGAGGCGCCGCCGGCUACCAGCAGUGCUGCAUUCUACCGGAAGGCUCAGGAAAAAAAUAUUGGAAAUUUAUUGCUUUCACAGCCAGCCGUACUUUCUGUACUUUUGACUAAGGUUGAGGGAAAAUGCCCGUUUUAAUUUACCACCCAUUUGGGCCCUUUUUUGCCGCUGGAAUGGGAAUAGCCGAAGCAUGUGCGCUUUAUCAUCGCGCGCCAUCUUUAACACACAGUAGGGGCGUACUUGAACAUUUCACCGCCGCCUGAGCAGUGCAAAUUUCAAUAUUUUUAUUAACCUCAAAGAUUAAAGUUUUUUUGUUUGCCUUCUCUUUAUUGUUUCCAUUUCCACUUUUAAUUAGUGAACUUCAAAAGUUCAAAUUUUCAAGCCAAUGCAAAAGUUUUGGUUUCUCCAAGCUGCGUGUCGCGCGUCCGGAUGAGAGAGGGGGAAAUAUUUGAAUAUGAACCGUUGAAACGUAAUCAAAUACCGACAAACCGCAUCAGCUUGUGAAAAGUCUGCCCUCAUCGUGGGCUCACACCAUUCGAAGGCGGCGCAGCAGGCCAUGAGGAUGACUUGACUACUGGUUGAAAUAUAUUAAAUCGAUACCUUCGCACAGUGGGGAAUGUGAUUAAAAUUGGAAGAGGCUGAUCAGUGUCGAUCUCAGAGUGACAAAAAGACGCUUUUAAAAGCUUUAAAACAAAAUCAUCCCGAACUGACCACAGGAUGGUAAAAAAUCACAGACAAACAAGAAGGGUUUUCUUUGGUUAGGGUUAAAAUCCUGAAUUACUCAAUCUGUCUAACUUUUUAGAACCACACAAUUUUUGUAUAUUUAGUACCGGGAAUCACUUUUCUGGAUAUUGUUAGCCUUUUAAACAGUUAUUGACUAUGAAAACAUUCGUACAUUGAGGAAAUUUUGCACUUUAUGAAAUUACAAAAAAAAUCAUUCAAUUUCACAUUUUUUGUCCACUUUCUCUCUCACUGUGCGCACUUUCCCGUUGUUGAUUCUAGAGCUAGAGCGACAACUGCGGCAUCGUAGCAACCUGCGAAAGUUUACUGUUCACAGUCGAUUGCAGACCUUUGCCACAAACGGUGCUAGGUGGUUAUAAAAUCCUCCCCCACAAUUGCUGCCACAAUGCCAAAAGAAAAGAAGCCCAAGAAACCGAAAAAAGCGGUACCGGACAUCCAACCGGUGGAUGGCCUCAGUGCUGUCGAUCGACAGUUUUUCGAAAUCACAAUAAAUGAUCUAAAUCAGAAGUUGGCACGUCUUCGUACGCACAAUGUGAAAAUUGAAGAGCGCAACGAAGAGCUGGAGGCAAAGCUCAAGCAAAUAGAGGAAGACCGAGCCGAUGUGACGGCGUUUCUGGAUCGUACCCUUCAGGAGAAGCUUGCCGUGAUUAUCGAACUGGAGGAUAAAUUGAGUGAAUUAUCGAAAGUGCGAGAUCAGGAGAAUGAAGAAUGCCAGAAGCAGAUCGUUAGUCUGGAUGCCAAGUACAAGGCCAUGCACGAGCAGCUGACUUCGGAAAUCCAGCUACUCACGGGAAAGUUAAAUUCCAUGGAAGAAUUCCGUCAGCAGCGAGAUGAACUGAUGGCUAAAUUUGACGCUCAGGAUAUGGAACUGAAGGAACAAAACAAACGUCACAAAACCACACUAUAUGAAAUGGAACGUAAAGUUAUUUUAGACAAGGAUCGCCUUCGUAAGGAUGUCGAAAACAAGCUACUCCAACUAUCGACGGAGUUUACGAAAUCAUCGGAAAUCCGAGUUGCCGCCCACACUCAGCGCUUAGUUCGCGAAAACAUCGCCCUAAACAAUGAAAUGGAUCGAAUGAUCUUCACGCAGGAGAGACUGGAAAAACAAUACUCCGAAAUGAAGGCUCAGAAUGCUGAGCUGCGCAAUCAGGCGGAAAUUGAUCUCAUCGAGAAGCAACGACUGAUGCAAACCUGUCAGGAACGAUUGGACUUAAUUAAGCAAUUGGCCGAUCAAUACGAACAGCAAAUGAACACGAACGCCCAACUACAUGCCUACAAAGAACGUGCAAACGAAUUCGAAACGGAAACUCAAUCCACCAAAAAGGAGUACAACCAUCUUCGGCAGAAAGUUCGUUUACUAGAGCAGUAUGUGCAUUACAUCAACACCGAUCGACAGUCGUUACGCAAUGAAUCGAUCCACCACCGUCAGGAGUUUGAGCGUAUUUCGGAAAUCCUGAAAACCGUCCGCUUCACUGUGCGUUCAGCCUUUAAGGAAGAUGAGGAGGAGGACGAUCUUCCGUAUCAGGAAAUCAAGCGAAAACGCCUUAUUGCUGAUCUACUGAAUACACUAACCGACUUGGAACUUAAACCACGAGUUGACAAUAUUUCCGUUACUACACUACCACCCGACGGGGAGGAGGAAGGUUACGAGCAGGGUGAUCUGGGUGUGAUUCCUCGCGAAACGCUAGAAGCCAUCCUUCAGAAGACACAAACCUGCAACCUCCCCGAGACGCCCCUGCUGAGCUCGGAGACAGUUUCGUGCGGGGAUGAAGCCGAAAGUGCUGCCAGUUUACAGAUCGCUUCCGGCAGCGACGUGAUUCUGGAUGUGAUCAGCGGUUCUCAGUUGGUGUUCAAGGGUUCCGAAGAAUCGUACGAGGAGGGUGAGGAAAAAGACGACGAGGCUGGUGAACCGGCUGGGGGAAGCAAGCGGGAGGAACGAAAACCCCCCACGGGUGACGGCAGCGGAAGCGAACGAUCGGCGGAAGAUGAGACAGCUGGUGGUGAACGUGUUUCCUCCGUCACCUCGGACCGGCCGGAAGAUGUGAUCGUUGAUGCUCCGGAUGUGUUUGAAGAUGAACCGAUUGAAUUUACCGCCACGAAAAGUGAUUCGGAUUGAAGUAGGAGUUUUGUUUUUGGUGAUAGUGUAAUAAAUUGAUUGAUUGUGUGUGAUGAUGUAAA